AUGGAGUUCUACGCGUACCCGUCUCACUCUUUCCCCCCUUCACCGUCUUCCUCAGCGCCAGAUGAAUCUUAUUCCCCAAUCGGGUCCGUGCUGAACAAGGUCAAGGAUUUCGUCCGAUUUGCGGUCUCGGCUGUGAUUGGGAACAUUUUCUCCGCAAUUCUGACGUUUUUCUUUGCUUUCGUGGGCACUUUAUUGGGAGCAGUCACUGGAGCCUUAAUUGGCCAAGAGACGGAAAGUGGGUUUGUUAGGGGGGCUUCCGUAGGAGCCAUCUCCGGGGCUGUUUUCUCGAUUGAGGUCUUUGAGUCGUCUUUGCUUUUAUGGCAGUCGGAUGAAUCUGGAUUGGGGUGUCUCCUUUAUCUGAUUGAUGUCAUAGCAAGCCUUCUGAGUGGUAGACUUGUACGCGAACGUAUUGGUCCAGCUAUGCUUAGUGCCGUUCAAAGUCAGAUGGGAGCUGUUGAGGUUCCAUUUGAGGAGGUCCCUAAUAUCUUUGACACUGGUGGGGCAAAAGGAUUGUUGGUAGAUACAUUGGAAAGGAUCCCCAAAUUUACCAUCACUCGAGAUGGAAGUUUGGAUACUUCAGGAGAUGAGGCGUCCUGUUCGGUUUGCCUUCAGGAUUUCCAACUUGGAGAGACAGUUCGUCGUCUGCCACAUUGUCACCAUAUGUUUCAUCUACCGUGCAUCGAUACUUGGCUGGUGAGACACGGUUCUUGCCCAUUGUGCAGAAGAGACCUGUGA